AUUGAAUGGAAUAAAAGGAAUUAAAAAGUGUUUUGUCACGAAGCCCCGAUGCUUAAAAACAGAUGACACGUGAGGGAGUGGGGGCAGACAUGCAUUUUACACAUUUGGCGCUACGAAACUGCGUUUGAUGCUUCGGUAAAAAGGUCAGAAGAAGGAAGACGACGGGGAGGUAGAUAUGGGAAGGGUAUUUGUGGUGGAGCUAGAGGGAAGGUCAUACAGAUGCAAGUUCUGCAAGACCCACUUGGCUCUCGCAGACGAUCUUGUCUCUCGGGCUUUUCAUUGCCUUCGGGGAAAAGCAUACCUCUUCAAUAAUGCGGUGAACCUCGUAGUUGGAGCAUUAGAGGAGAGGUUGAUGCUUUCGGGAUUGCAUACUGUGGCGGAUAUAUUUUGCUGCUGUUGUGGACAGAUUGUUGGAUGGAAAUACGAGGCUGCACAUGAGAGGAGCCAGAAGUAUAAAGAAGGGAAGUAUGUUCUUGAAAGAGGGAGGAUCGUGGAUGAAGCUGACUUUUCUACCGAAUUCUAUAUUGAUACUCGCCCAAGCAUGAGUGAUGCUGAAGACCUUUAGGAUCCUACUCCAUUUGUUCAAAUAUUUUAGUAGACAUUUUACACAAUUGAGAAGAGAUUUACGGCUUAUGUACGGAAUUAUAUAAUAAUCAUACUGUCUUAUUUUUGCGAUCAUUAGGGAACAUAUUCAUUCCUUUUAGAUUGUACUACUCUGAAUGCUAAUGUACUCUUGAGUUGCAUGGACUGUUACUCAACCAAGACAUCUCCAUGAUCUGAAUAUGUUGUGAUCUGAUCUGUGCUAGACGUUGUAAAUAGACAAGAGGUUCUUUUGCAACAA